CUGUUAAAUUGACUUAAAUGACCCAACAUUGACAAUAUAUUUUCCUUCUCAAGCUAUUUGUGUCAACUUUUAUUGGCAUGUAUGAGGUUGCAUAUUGUAAACAAUGUUUUGGACUGCAAUAAUAAGAAUACACGACAGCUAGUGUCUAUUAAUCAGCCGUAGACAAUUUUUAGUCCUUAUUAAUGGAAACAAUUAUCUUGAAUCAGUAGAGAAGAAACCAGGGUGUCCACCUCUGUCAGGAAUUCUAAUAAUAUUGGGAAAAUAUCAGGGAAAUCUUUUUCUGGGAAAGGAAAAUGUCAGGAAUUUUAGGUUUAGAUGAUCAAUGAGAACUAUUUUCAUUUUAUUAACAAGAAAAAAGUAUUAACAAGAAAAAAAAAUUAGAAUUGUUUUUUGAAAGAAUUAGCAUAAUUUUAAACCAAUCAAUAUUUUGUUAUUACCAUUUACAUUUUCAAGGUAAUCCAAAGUUCUAAAUGGUAUAAAAUAAUAGCUGGAAAAGUUAAGAAAAUAUCAGGUAUGUGAGGAAAAUAAGUAGUUAAUAUAGGGUGGACAGACUGGAAAAAAUAAAGAAACAAAAAAUUGGGGCCUGUUUACUUGUCUCUUUUUGCUAUAAAUCAAUACCCUAGUAAAUGUAUCAAUUACAAUUUUUUAGCAUAAGUUUUUGAUGAGAAAGAAAUUCUUCACUUUGAUCUGAUAUAUCAAGUGAUGUUACAUUCGUUUUUCUCUGAAACUAUAUUUUGUUUUUACAAAUUUAUUUGCUAGCCUAGUCACUUUUCCUUUCACAUAAGUUUAUGAUGAGAAAGAAAUUCUUCACUUUGAUCUGAUAUAUCAAGUGAUGUUACAUUCGUUUUCCUCUGAAACUAUAUUUUGUUUUCACAAAUUUAUUUGCUAGCCUAGUCACUUUUCCUUUCACAUAAGUUUAUGAUGAGAAAGAAAUUCUUCACUUUGAUCUGAUAUAUCAAGUGAUGUUACAUUCGUUUUCCUCUGAAACUAUAUUUUGUUUUCACAAAUUUUUUGCUAGCCUAGUCACUUUUCCUUUCCCAUAAGUUUUUGAUGAGAAAGAAAUUCUUCACUUUGAUCUGAUAUAUCAAGUGAUGUUACAUUCGUUUUCCUCUGAAACUAUAUUUUGUUUUCACAAAUUUAUUUGCUAGCCUAGUCACUUUUCCUUUCACAUAAGUUUUUGAUGAGAAAGAAAUUCUUCACUUUGAUCACAUUUCACAAUCAAAUUUCCUAUCCUAUAAGUUUUAUAAGAAAAAAGUUUCUUAACCUUGAUAAAAUUUUCUUUACUGAAACUUUUGUCUCUCAUCUUAACUGAGUAUAUUUUUAUUUUGGAUAUUUAUAGUUGGUAGUAUAGUUGGUAGUAUACACCUAUGUUUUGAAGAUUAUGUAAAACCCAUCAAUUGAGCUUACUUUUGUAUUAACAUUUUGAAAUAGUUAUGUAUAGAUUAAGAUGUUGCUAUGGUACAAAACGACCUUCCAAUAUGGUCAGAAAAUCAUGGUUGUGUAGUAAUAAAACAGUUCCAGUUGUCAGAACCUUGGGCAAAGAAGUUAAACCGUUUUCUGAAUUUCUUACCGACACGUUUGGAAGAAAGCAUAAUUAUCUACGAAUUUCAUUAACAGAAAGGUGCAACCUGCGAUGUCAAUACUGCAUGCCUGAGGAUGGUGUUGCACUGACACAACAGAAUAACUUGUUAACCAGCAAGGAAGUCAUUCAACUGGCUCGUUUAUUUGUAUGUGAAGGUGUUAAUAAAAUUCGACUUACUGGAGGAGAGCCAUUGGUGCGUAAAGAUAUUGUUAACAUAUGUGAGGAACUGAGUGUAUUGCCUGGUCUUCAAACACUUGGCAUCACUACAAAUGGUAUUGCUGCCAAACGUAAACUUCCGCUGUUACGAAAAGCUGGUGUUACUCAUAUUAACAUCAGUCUUGAUACGCUCAUACCAGGAAAGUUUUCCUUCAUCACAAGGAGGAAUGGGUGGUCUCAAGUAAAAGAUUCGAUUGAUAUGGCUUUAGGAUUGGAUUUUGACCAAGUUAAGUUAAACUGUGUUGUCAUGAAAAAUUUAAAUGAUGACGAAGUUGUUGAUUUUGUUGAGCUCACCAGAGAGAAGAAUUUGGAUGUAAGAUUUAUCGAGUAUAUGCCGUUUGAUGGUAAUAAAUGGAGCCUCCAGAAGUUUGUUUCUUAUCGUGACAUGUUAAGUCGUAUACACCGUGUUUUUCCUGGUUUAUAUAAAAUUUCAGACAAAGCGAACGAUACAUCAAAGGCAUACAAAGUUGCUGGUUUUAAAGGACAAGUUGGUUUCAUUACAUCAAUGAGUGAGCAGUUUUGUGGCAGUUGUAAUCGGCUUCGUGUAACGGCCGAUGGAAAUAUCAAAGUAUGCUUAUUUGGUCCUAAUGAAGUUUCGUUAAGAAAUGCUUUGCGUAAUGGGGCCAGUGAAAGCGAUUUGUUGAAAAUAAUCUCGGUUGCUGUGGACAACAAGAAGAAACAACACGCAGAUCGAAUCAAAGGUAACCUUAAAGCGAUUAGAUAUUUCUCCAGCCUGCCUAAUUACCGUCAAAAUGAAACUUGGAGACAACUUUUAAACAGUUUUGCAAUAACGAAUGUAAUGUUAUCGAGAGGUCUGAGAACCAGAGCUGUCGAAAGCAACAAACCUCAAGGAGAUCAAAACAACGGCGUUAAGAAACUUACGCACGUAAGAACGGACGGUAAAAUAAACAUGGUCAAUAUUGUGUCUAAACAUGUCAGCGAACGCACAGCUGUCGCUUCUAGUGCAGUGACUGUCAGUAAAGAAAUAUUUAAUGCUGUUAAAAAUAAUGAGCUGAAAAAGGGUGAUGUGUUGACUGUUGCGAAAACAGCCGGCAUAAUGGCAGCUAAGAAUACACAUAAUCUGAUACCCCUUUGUCACAAUAUUCCAAUUUCUUGUGUAGACAUUGAUCUUAAUCUAAACAAACAAAAUUAUUGCAUUGAAGUUGUUGCCACGGUUACAUGCACGGGAAAGACAGGUGUAGAGAUGGAAGCUCUUAUGGCUGUGUCCAUCGCUUCUUUGACAAUAUAUGACAUGUGCAAAGCUUUGUCGCAUGAGAUGACUAUAUCAACACGUUUACUUAAAAAAACUGGGGGUAAAAGUGGUUAAAAAUGUAGUAAAAGUUAAAUAUAAAUAUGAUUUUUUUUGAAAGCCUAA